CUAUUCUCGUCAGUUGACAAGGAACUCAAGUUUUUGGAGGAAUACGACUUGGAUUGUACUCGUAUUCCCCUUCUGGAGUCUCGCUCAAUGUACUAUGAAGUCGCGGAGAUACACUUAUCAGGGAACUGCCACAUGGAAGCAGUUCAAGCAUUCCUCGAGGACAACAGAAAUAUUGAUUCAACUUCUCGUGCGGCCGACACUCUUCUGGAAAUCAUGUGGUGCAAAUGCUCAUUCAGGAUCACCCCCCGAAGCCGCUGUUGCUGA